UGAGACGAGGAUAGGAGACGGAAGGAUAAGACCAUAACGAAGACGACGAGGAAGCAUUUCUCGCUCCCCAUCCCGCCUGAUUGACAUCGCUGUUUGGAACAUGGAAUGAAGGGCGGGUGAAGAACCUUACAAAUAAAUGAUUGCUGCAGUUAGAUAUGGAUUUGAUAUAUUGUUUCCCUUAAUCAUUACACCAUGAGAAGAGUGUAUUGCUUGAAGCAUAAGAUUGCAUUUAACUAAUGGCUUAAAUCAGUGCACUAAGAUCACUUCUCCAAAUAGUUAGAUUUUUAUAGUAAUCUCAAGUCUCCAUCUCAAUUCUUAACUAUAAAGUUAGUUCUUUUGAUUGAAUGAUGUAAUGUACCUACUUAUUAUUAUCUAACAUCCAAAUGGCGAGUUCCGGAACAGUAACCCUCUCGAUGAUCACCACCCAAAAGAUCAAGGAAAUAAAGAAAGAAAACAUGAAGAUAGACGACAAUACUGGCGGCCAAAGCAAGAAAGUAAAGCUGGUUUAGCCCUCCCUUUUAAUCCACACUUUGCCUUCCUGAGAAACAGAGCAGCAAAUCAAAGGGCAUAAACGCGAGAGAGAGAGAGAGAGGCCAUGAAAGGAAGCCUGGGAGGAGGAAGAGGAGUCUCAACAGACCUUUUGGUCUGCUUUCCAUCAAGAGCUCAUCUGCCGCUGAUGCCAAAGACUAUAAGUGGUCCAUCGCGGCACACGGAAUCCGGCAGGCGCCCUCCGACGAGGCACACCGGCCGUGGCCGGGCGAGCCCCCUCUUUAAGGCCAAGGCCAAGCACUUGAACUCGGCGGAGCUCGACGAGCCGGCCUCGCCCAAGGUCACCUGCGCCGGCCAGAUCAAGGUAAGGGCCAAGGCGAGACCAACGCCCAGACGCAGCGGCGGCGGCUGCGACAGGAACUGGCUCGAAAUGUUCGGCCUCAAGAAGGACGCCAUGCACUUCCUUGGCGCCCUCCGAGGCCUCCGCUUUGGCGCCAGGUGCUUCGGUUCGUUCCGUGCCCCAGCGGACUGCACCAGUGAAGAGGAAGACGAAGAUGAAGAGGAGAGGAAAGACAAUCGCCAACUACAGGAGGCCGUGGAAGAGGAGAGCAACGGACGUUGCGAAGUGGAAUCGAUGGCGCCACCUCCAAAUGCUCUUCUGCUCACGAGGUGUAGGUCAGCACCUGCAACGAGGUGGUCACCGAGAGGAGGCGGCGGUGGUGAUGGAGAAGAGUCGUCGGCGAAGGUGAUUAGGGCGGAAGAGGAGGGGGUGGUUCUGCCGAACUAUGCUCAUGGUUUCCCUAAGGUGUCGUCGGAGAUUGCAAAGGAGAGUUGGGUUGAGGUAAGGAUGAAUCUGCCGGUGAGGAGUCGAAGCUGGAAGAGAUGAUGGAUCUCGACGGUGGUGGCGUUCAACUGCUUUACCGGUGUUUCAUGGUGUUCAUGAGAUGCAA